AUGAGUGAGGCUUUGAUGUUCGCACAGACGGGCUCUUUACCAGUGUGUUCCGCUGCUAUAGGCUGCGCCUGAAUGGCAUUCGCUAUUGGUGCUUGUGCGUACAUAUAGAGGAGCGCUAGCGCGGGAUAAGGGUUGGCGCCUGAGGUUCAUAUUUUCAACUUUUAAAGGAAUGAAAUAUCAGUCAACCCGGCUGUAAAUUUCGCUCGGACAUGAUGGAUUUAUGACAAACAGCAUGCUUUUUCUGAUGGAGUUGGAUUGACGAUUGACUAAUUUGAGCGUCCAUGCGUGUUAUAUUUUUAGAUAUGUGUUUUAUCCCGUAUUCUAGAGCUGAUGUUGUAGGACAAGUUUCGGACACCAAAAUGUGUUUAUUUUUUAUUUUGAUAUUAUCAACUUUAGAAAUCUGUCAGUCGCUGGCCCCUCGGAACGUUUAUACAAAUCACUGGGCAGUGCGUAUUGCAGGGGGACAAGAAGAAGCGGAUAAACUAGCUGUUAAAUAUGGUUAUAAUAAUUAUGGACAGAUCGGGAGUCUGGAGGACCAUUACCAUUUCCACCACAGCAGAGUGGUGCGCAGAGCAGCUUUCUCCACUAGGGGCGCUCACUCAUUCAUCCAGAUGGACCCAAAGGUUGACUGGGUCCAACAGCAGCUGGUGAAGCAGAGAGUAAAGAGAUACAUCCAAAGGGACACCAGAAGCCCUGACCCCAACUUCGUCCACUUCAACGACCCCAAAUGGUCCAACAUGUGGUAUAUUCACUGUACGGACAAGAACAAUCGCUGUCGGUCAGAGAUGAACAUUCUGGCAGCGUGGCAGAGAGGCUACACGGGCAAGAACGUGGUGGUCACCAUCCUGGACGACGGCAUCGAGAGGAACCACCCUGACCUGGCACAGAACUAUGACCAGCUGGCGAGUUAUGAUGUCAACGGGAACGACCAUGAUCCAACUCCUCGUUAUGAUUCUAGCAACGAGAACAAGUGA